AUGAUGUCUGCAAGGACUGACUUGAAUCAGAAGAUUAUUUCAGUGAAUUUAGACAUGAUGGAAGAACAGAGACAUCACAUGCAUCAGGCUCUAGAUGAGUAUGUUGACAAGGUAAUCAGUGCUGGAAGACAGUGGACAAGAAGUGUAGACAGAAAUCAGUCCACUUUUCUUCAAGUUCACAUAAUUAUAAACAAGGCAAUGGCAUUUCUGAGUUUGAAAUUGGAUGAAAUGGAACGUGAGCAUUUCUCCUGUCUUCUGCGUGAAACAGACUGUAUUGCAGAAGAUGAGUUCACUCGUCAACAGAAACAUGUAGAAAUGGUUUCUGUUGUAGAUGAUGUCUCCAGGUGUAAAACUCUAACAUCCCAAGGAGAUAGUUCAGGAGAAGACAGUGCCGAUAUCCUAAACAAUUUUACUUGCAGAGACCGAAAUUUAGAAUGUGGCCAGCAACCGAGAUAUGGAGAUUUAUACAACCAGCUUCAAAAUGUUUUAGCAAAACAAGAUGGAUAUGAUCAGCAAAUGAAUAUGAAGAUACAUGACUUAAAAGAAGAAAUGGAGAGUUUGAAGUCAGAUGUUGAUCAGAUUAAAACAGACCUGUCAAACAAAAUUGAUGAAAUAAAUGCAGAAAUGACAGGCAAAGUUGAUGAGAUUAAAACAGAAAUUUUAGAACUUGUUGACGAAAGUAACAUAGACUUAUCAAAUAAAGUUGAUAAAAUUAACACAGACUUGUCAGCCAAAGUUGAUCAAAUUAAUACAGACAUGUCAGGCCGUAUUGAUGAAAUUAAUGCAGACCUUUCAGGAAAAAUUGAUGAAGUUAACUUAGAACUGUCAGAAAAAGUUGACGAAAUUAACACAGACUUGACAGAAAAAUAUGAUCAAAUUGACACUGAGCUGUCAGACAAAAUUGAGCAAAUUAAUGCAGAUCUGUCAAGAAGAUCUGACCAAAUUAAUGUUGUCUCACAGACUUUGACAAAUAAUGAAUUGGAAAAGGCUGCACUAACACAUAAAAUAGUGGCUUUGGAAAAUCAUUUAAAUACAAUAGAGAAGGACAUGCACGAUAAUAUCAGACAAGUAGAACAACAACUGGAUGGAAUGGGAACAAAUUACACGGUGGUACGUGAGCUAUUUAUAAAUAGACUUGCACCACUGGAGAAAUUACGUGAUAUUUUGAAUGGCAGAGCCACAAGCCAAAGUGAGAAUGUCAGACAGUUACAAGCGGUGAUGACAGAGCUAAAAGAUCUAUCUGGUGUUGUUGAGACGUGUGUCAGAAAGUUAGAAGUUGGAGUCGUCGGAUUCAAAGCAGAAACCAAGUGUCUCAUUAAUUCUUUAAAUGAGCGUCAGAGUGUAAGUUCUUAUCAGUCUCCUAGAUUAAUGUCUGGGUGCCAGUUUGACUCAUCUACUGGGAAAUUUACGGCAGCUGUGGAUGGAAUUUAUCUGGCAUACAUCAAUUUGCGCAUUAAUCGUAAUAGUGUUGUUACAAUUUACUUGAUGCAUAGAGAUAAAUCUCGUGAUUGUACAAUGGAGAUUUGUUUGGCAAGGGCUGAAAUUAAACAUUUCCCUGUUUUUAAUACAGACAUGGUGGAAAUGAAGGCAGGUGAUGAAUUAUUUAUCAUUAUCACUAAAACAUCGCCUGACCCUUGUCUGUGUGACAUUCAGUUUUCAUGUUUAAAAAUUGGUUGA